AUGGCUUCCAAACUUAUGCAAGUUGCUACUGCAGCAGCGAGAAAAGCGGCUGCACGCAUGUGUGUAGCCGGAGUUAGUUUAUCUCACGCCUCAGCAGCAGAUGAUUCGUCGCCUGUUGUUGUGAACAGUCCACGUGAUGAGUCUGAGAUAGAACUCAUCUACUUUGGCGAGUCGGAUUAUCCAUCCGACUCAAAGGCGGCACCUCCUGCAUCCGGAUCACCCGGUGCGGACCCUGCCAGAGCUGGGUUGACUGGCUCUGGGAAAUGUGGGGCCAUCAUGUCCGAGAUCUUCGGACCGAGCGAUUCGUCUGACGAAUCCUCGCCUCACGCAAGUCCAUCUGACACUGCUACGCAUGGUGAAGGUGGUGACGCACCUUUGCGUCACCGCAAGAAAGCAAACCGAGGAAUCGAGCUGCUAGCGGUGUCAGCGUUCAAGCUGACACUACUCAAGAGGCUAGGGACCGCAGUGUCCUUCGUUAUGCUUCUCAAGUCGAGUCUCGUUGGAUGCCAUCAUCCAAAGGGAUGGAUUGAGUGGCCGGUACGACCACCGAACGGGGUCAAAUCUCUUUUUAGACUGUAG